AUGGCGGAAGUUAUUGGUGUGGUUUCGGGCGCCAUCACGUUCGCAACUGUUGUCGCCCAAGUCACUGAGUCUAUAAUCACGAUCAAAGAUUGCUGGUGCCAGUUUCGUGAUGCACCCACUGACCUCAAAUACCUCAUGCGGGAUCUUGAUUUGUUUGGACUCAUUCUAGCCGAAAUCCAGGAAGAUCUAUCGCAAGACGCUUUCGCAUUCGCCCUAAAGGGCAAUAGACACGCUGUGCAAAGUCUGGAAUUUGGCAGAGAAGCCGCCACGAACUUGCAAGAGCUAUCUAAUGAGCUUUUGCGUGACAUGAAUUCCUCUCAUCGCCUGCGAAAAUCUUAUGUUGCCGCAAAAAUGGUGAUGCACAGAGGGAAACUAGAAAGGCAUAUGGCCCGACUGCGAAACGCGAUUCAGUUGCUAUCGCUGUCUCAGCAGUGCUAUACUAGAGCGCUUCUACGGGUCCAACCUGAUUUGAUUGCCGAGAGACUAGUGCAAGACAAGAAAAACACAGCAACAUUCAAGCCGAACCUACCAGCACGUUUACCGUCCUGGCUGAGUUCAAAGGCCCUAGAAGUAUACAGCGAGCGACUUCAUCACGGCUGGCAAUGGGUUUUUCGGACGUACAAUGUGAUCCCAUCAACAUCAAAGGUAGUCUCAUUGACGAUAGCUGGCAAAAUUGAAGAUUUGCAAAACCUAUUUGCCAUGAAACAGGCCUCUCCGUUCGACCGAACCGAUCGCUUCGGAUACACACUCCUACACAUUUUCAAGUACGCCAUGCUCGGGCCUAGGAAGGAGCAGAUGUUGAAGUUUCUCCUCGAUCAGGGGGUUGACUCCUCUAUCGCAGGCAACCAUCCCAAUCUUGAAACGCCUCUCGAUAUGUUGGUAUUCUGUGGGGCCCUAGGACUCGGCAAGGGUCAACCAUUGUUUCCAUGUUUACGUCUUCUACUUCGCUACACGAAAGAGACAUCCUAUGAUGACACGCCAGAAGAAACGAUUAGGGGAGUCUUAUCCCGAUUUCGUGGUUCAAGCGAGGAGUUCAAGUUUUUACAACAACAUUGCUGUCCCUCAUAUUACGAAAUGCCCCAAGAGACAAGAAUUGCAGUGGCUGCCACGGCCGCAUAUGGUGUGUGGGAUGCCUAUCAUAUGCCUGAAUUGAUCCAAACGAUGCUUGGGCCAAAUCCUUUGACAGCCGAAGAUCUCCAAUUCGAAGGACCCUGGCGUUUCGAUUCAAAGAACGCGACACUUGUACAUUGUGUCGUGAGAAAGAUUGGAGCAAGUCAGGCUGCUCUGCAAGGGUCUCAUCCAUGGAAAAGACGAGUUCGCCAUCAAAGCCAGACCUCCGGACAAUCUCUUGGCAUCAACAUGAGGGAAGGCUAUUACUAUCUUUACAAAUCGUGGAAUAAACUCUUUAUGGAGUUUCUUCAAGCUGGUGUGGUUUUGAACCACGUUGUUGACCAACAGACUCUGUUGCUUGCAUUUUUAGAGGGAUAUCUCGACUGGCUUGAUGUGUCUAAAUGUCAGGUCUCGUCUCCAACUGAAGCACUUCGAAAAUGGUUAACAGAUCUAAAAUCUGCUGGCAUUGAUUUACAAAAGUUCGGGGAAAUUGAGCACAGCAUCUGGAAAGCGGAACUUAGCCAAAGAAACUUUGGCCUUGGAGAUGACGAAAAUGGUUGCCAUCGACUGAUAGGAUUCUCUUAUGGCUCAUGUGUUAAUGACUGGUCUGUGUGGCUAUCCCCAUGGGAUAACUUCAUAAGAGAUUUCUGGAGCCUGAUAGAGCGACCUAUAGAGACGAUGGCCGGUGAAUGGCCCAGCGAAUGA